UCUCAAAAGUUUUUUUUUUCUCUUUAGACUGAACUGCAUCAAGCUGGCUGUGGAAAAUUGUAAUCCCUCCACUAACGCUGAGAUUACAAAAUUAGAUCGCAUAUUUAGUUAGUUUUUACUUUAUUGAUAUUGUUCCGUUAAUGAAAUAAACUUGAGCAAUAAUUAUUACGAAUGCAUCCCAUUUUAGGGACAGUGACAAAGUCAUUGAAUAUGGAUGGAGUUGGUUUAAAUUUAGGAGAUAAGGUUCAGAAAGAAUCUAGGACAAAUUCACCUUCUUAUACAAAAAUAUCCACAGAACGCCGAGGUUCUGAGCAAGCCUUCCAGUUUCUUUUGUGCUUUUGUGCAGUUUCUCAAAAAUAUUUUUAUUUAUUUUUUUAUUAUUAUUUUGUGAGCAGCAGUUGCAUCCACAUGGCGAACGGGCAUAAUAGACUAAACAAAUGCUUUCAAAUUAUGUUUAUAUUUAAUAUUAUAUUAAGGUUUAUAUGAUGCAUAAGUAAUUCGCACAAUUGGCUACAACAACAUAUUAAAGGAAUUUCCCCUUUUGUUCUCCGCGGAACUCAGUUCUACUUUUUUUUUUCCCAUUGGAGCUGUUCAUCUCUGUAGUGCUGAAAUAACUCCAGUCUCAUUCCUUUCCGUGGAGACAAUAAUGAUGUCAGUAUUGUUGAAUGACGAUUUUCUUUCUGCAUAUUGAAUUUGGCAGCCUGCUCUAUGUGUCUAUGAUAUUUAUUUAAAAUGUAUACAUUUUUGGUUUGCUCAAACUUACAGCAUUACAAGCAAUGCUCGGGAUAACCUUAGCAUUUGGUAGCUUGUGUGUUUAAAUAUAUUGAAAAUUGUGUUUACAAAAUAAAAUAUUAUAUAUUUUCACUUAUUAAGAGAUUAUUUUUUAGUAUUACAAGCUUUUGUAAUGUUUGGGUGACCAUUUUGAAUGUAGGAAUAUAUCCCUCAUGCAUGUGCGUGCAUUUUCAGAAUUCAUACACUAAGUGCCGCUAUUGGACAGCAAUCUACGUUCUACAGGAGCGGAGUGAAAUCCGCUGUUAGGGUAUUUUUUUAUAUAAUCGAUGAGGUACCAGUAUUUCUGGUGAAUCUACUCCGAAUACAGCACACCGUAUCUGUUCCAGAUUGUUUUUAAUUUUAUUUAUUUAUUGCACGUUUCAGUUUUACAAUCCUGAAGCCGUAAAGCUGCAAUCGUGAUGGCUGAUUUUAUAUCGUACGCUGCUUGUUGCCGUCGGAUGACUACAACACAGCUAAAAUGGCAGACUGUGUUUUUUAUUUUCUGUGUUUACGGGAUGGACUUCGUCUUUUGUCAAGCGCGAUAUUCGAUCCCAGAGGAAAUGCCAGAGGGAUCAUUUGUAGGCAACAUCGCCAAAGAUUUGGGAAUAGAGAUAAGUAGACUUAUUUCUGGAAAAGCUCGGGUUGUAACAAAGGGCGGCCGGCAAUAUGUCGAUCUGAGCAGAGACAAAGGCAUCCUCGUAGUGAAAGAGAGGAUAGACCGAGAGGAGCUCUGCAAGCAAACAACGCCUUGCAGUUUCAGCUUUGAUCUGAUCAUGGAAAACCCCAUAGAACUGCACCGUGUGACAGUUGAGGUGCUAGACAUAAAUGACAAUGCACCAUUAUUCAUUAAAGAUGUCGUCAGUUUGGAAAUAAGCGAAAAUGCAGCAUCUGGGACUCGCUUUCCUUUAGACAGCGCAGUAGACAUGGAUGUAGGAAUAAAUGCCAUCCAGAAUUAUGCCCUUUCUUCCACUGAUAAUUUUAAACUGGAAAUAAAUAGUCAGGAUGAUGGAAGAAAAUAUAUAGAAAUGAUUUUACAACUUGAACUGGACCGAGAAGAACGCGAUGAGCUAAAAUUAGUUUUGACUGCAUAUGACGGAGGAUCACCCAAAAAAUCAGGCACAGCGCGAAUUCAGAUUACUGUAUUAGAUACAAAUGAUAAUGCUCCGGUGUGCAAACAAUCUGUGUACAAAGUUGAUGUUAGUGAAAAUAGCCCGGUCGGCACACUCUUAACUAUAGUAAGCGCUACCGAUGCUGAUGAAGGAAUAAAUGGACAUAUAUCAUAUACAAUUGUUCAAGCUAGUAAAGAUGCAAGAGAACUGUUUAAAAUAAAUCCGGAAACAGGAGAAAUUACAACAUUAAACGGGUUAGAUUACGAGAUUGAAACGAGCUAUCAAUUAAAUGUUAAGGCAAGAGACAAAUGGGGCCUGGCAGAUACGUGCAAGGUUAUUGUAGAAGUUUUUGAUGAAAACGAUAAUUCUCCCUUUAUACAGCUUAUGUCAUUUUCAAACAUCAUUGCAGAAAAUUCUCCAAUCGGAACAACCGUGGCUGUAAUUAAUGUAGAAGACGUAGAUUCCGGUAAAAAUGGGCUCGUGCAGUGUAAAAUAUAUGAAAGCCAGCCGUUUAAAAUAGAAUCGUCGUUUUCUGAUUAUUAUGCAUUAAUUACAGAUAAAACUCUUGAUCGAGAAAAUAUUGCUGAAUACAACAUAACCAUUCUGGUAUCCGAUCAAGGAAGUCCUGCACAACACAGUAACAAAACUAUCAAUGUUAAGAUUUCCGAUGUGAAUGAUAAUCCACCCGUAUUCAGUUCUGACGAGUAUAAAACAUUAGUUACUGAAAACAACUCUCCGGGGGUGGCUGUACUGACUGUAAAAGCGAGCGAUGCUGACUGGGGACCAAAUGCGCGACUGUCGUAUUUUUUGGAGGAUCAUAAUAUACAGGGCAACCCAGUGAGUUAUUUAGUCUCAGUGAAUUCAGAGAGCGGAGUUAUACAUGCAAUCAAGGCCUUUGAUUACGAGCAAAUGAAAACUUUCAGCUUUAAUGUGACAGCCCGAGACGGAGGGUCUCCUCCUUUAAGUUCUGAAGUCACAGUGACGAUCAUCGUUGAAGAUCAGAAUGACAACGCUCCUCAGGUUCUCUACCCAGUACAGACUGGUGGCUCUGUGGUGGCUGAGAUUGUGCCUCGUUCAGCAGAUGUCGGCUAUCUGGUCACUAAAGUGGUGGCUGUUGAUGUGGACUCUGGACAGAAUGCCUGGCUUUCCUACAAACUCCAGAAAGCCACAGACAGGGCGCUGUUUGAAGUGGGAGCGCAGAAUGGAGAGAUACGAACUGUGCGCCAGGUCACUGAUAAAGAUGCUGUCAAACAAAAGCUCACUGUAGUUGUGGAGGAUAACGGACAGCCAUCUCGCUCAGCUGUAGUGAACAUCAAUGUAGUUGUAGCGGACACUUUCCCUGAAGUGCUCUCAGAAUUCACCGACUUUACGCACGCCAAACAAUAUAACGAUGACCUCACCUUUUAUUUAGUUUUAGCAUUAGCUGCUGUUUCUUUCCUUUUCAUCACAACUGUAGUAGUUAUAAUAUCAGUAAAGAUCUACAGGUGGAGACAAUCGCGCGUCUUCCAUCACUCCAAUCUUCCAGUAAUUCCGUACUAUCCACCCGGUUACGCAGACACAGGAGUUACUGGAACUCUGCCGCACUUGUAUAAUUAUGAUGCUUAUAUGACGACUGACUCGAGAAAGUGUGACUCAAAGUUUUCCACACUAAGAGCUCAAAAUGUUUUAUUGGUGGAUCCGACUUUCACCGAGACUGUGCAGCGAGCAAUGCAUCCAAAGAACUGUUUAGAUGAUCCAGAAUCUCCAGAAUCGGUAAGAUGCGUCACUUUUUAUGCAUCACUUUGUUUAUUGGUGUAGAAUUCCAGCUUCACUUUCAUUUUGACCAUCUAUAUUAAGUCAUAUAUAUUAAUUUCUUCAUUAUUUAUUCACGAAAUGUUUUA